CAGAACACAAACUUCCGAUUCUCUCUGUCAGUUCUUGGAGGUAGCAGCUGACAGCACAGUAAUCACUGCAAUUUAUGGUCGACUCUGCACCAUGUCUGCCCAGCCACCGAGACCCUGCGCUUUCUGCCCUGAGCUGGAGGAGAAUGAAGAGAUUGGGAAAUUGCUGGUGUCACCUGAUGGGGCGAUUGUCGCUCACUCCAACUGCAUGCUCUUUUCGCCUCAAGUGGUUUCAAAGGACACAUACUCUCAAGAUUUCUUUGGUGAACUAAAUGUUAAAUCUGUAGAAACCGAGAUAGAGAGAGCAAGAAAACUGAGAUGUUUUUAUUGUAAAGCUAAAGGUGCAUCUGUUGGCUGUGAUAACGAAACAUGCAGGAGGACAUAUCAUUAUCUAUGCGUAAAAAAAGCCAAGGGUAAAUACAUUUGUGAUCCCGAAAAAGAAAUCUAUAUUGCAUUUUGCCCGGAUCAUAAAGAUACCGAAGAGAAUACUACAAAUAUAUCAAGCCACUUGCCAAGAUCGCCUCCUGAAUCCCCAACGCCAGAGAAUCCAACCUCACAGUCACCAACACCAGAGUCACCAACAGUCCAGCACGAACUGCUUCGGGAAAUGAGGACAGACAGAGGCGCAGCUCUUGAAGCUUACGAGCAGCUAAUGGCCAUUCAAGACAGACAAGCUAAAGCUAUGGAAGUUCUUGGAGAUACUAUGGCCGCUGGACAGAAGAGGGUGGCAGCUGGCAUGGAGAGAAUGGCAUCUGGGCAGGAGAGAAUGGCUGAUGCGCUGGAGAAAAUGACAGAUGCACAGGAAAGACACAAUCAAUUUCUUGAUUCUAUGCUGCGAAGAGUAACUGCCCAAUUAAACCAAUCACAACCUGCCCUUGUUCCAUCCAGCACAGAUGGCCACUCUCCACUUGGAAUAAGAAAGCAGAUAAAGAGGAGGAGACUUGAAAUGACCGGCUCAGUAAGGAAGAAAAGGAAAAUAGAAAAGCCUGAUGGUACUGGAGUCAUGCAGGAUGACAAAAGGAGGCAAGAGCCAGACAGUGACCACACAGCCCUGAGUGAAGAGACAGAUAGUGGCCACACAGCCCGUAGGGAAGAGCCAAUCAGCGACCACACAGCCCGGAGGGAAGAGCCAGGCAGCGACCACACAGCCCGGAGAGAAGAGCCAGGCAGCGACCACACAGCCCGGAGGGAAGAGCCAGGCAGCGACCACACAGCCCGGAGGGAAGAGCCAGGCAGCGACCACACAGCCCAGAGGGAAGAGCCAGGCAGCGACCACACAGCCCGGAGGGAAGAGCCAGGCAGCGACCACACAGCCCGAAGGGAAGAGCCAGACAGCGACCACACAGCCCGGAGGGAAGAGCCAGGCAGAGACCACACAGCCCGGAGAGAAGAGCCAGGCAGAGACCACACAGACUGUUCUGUCGUUAAGAGUAAAAGAAAUAAUGCGGAAACGCCAUGGACAUCUGCAUCCACUCGACAAUGGAUUAUUACAAGUGAUUCUGAUAAUGAUGUUUUGAUGCUAGUCACUUCUGAUGACUCUACAAACACUGUAAAAGCAGUGUCUGGGAGAUGCCCUCCUGAAAGCCAAUCAUUAAAUCAGGAAGAGCCAAAGCCAGGGACUUCAGGAACACAGAGACUGCAGCCUGCACUGCGACAGCAGUCGACAACGACACAUCAGCCGACACAGAGACAGGCGCCCUAUAUCACGCUGGCAGCUGCCUCUGUAGGAAGUGAUGGUGAGAUGCAGUUUGAGACAGAUGUGGAAUCAACUCUUGUCGAGGCAUCUGAAGAGUCACCUGAACAAUUAAAAGAAACGCUCCACCCAGCUCCACAUAAUGGCACAUCUGACAGUGGUUCAGAAGCAAGUGAUUCCUUAUUGAGUCCAAACAUAAAAUGGGCUAUAUCUCUCAGUGGUCUUCCGAUAAAGGGCAGGAAACAUGGGCCAAAGAGGACAACUAACCCACAGCUAGAAGAGAAAUUGAUCACCAUGAGCUCAGAGGAAAGGGAGAUCUGCGAGCAAAUGUACACUGACCAUGGGGGUUCUCUUCCCAGUUCUUCCCAAGAAAGGUGUUCUACACAAGAUUAUGUAAAGACUGAGACAGACUCUAAUGAAGUGAAUGAAGAACAAACACAUUCAGGAAACCCAGACCUCAGAAGAGGUAACACCAGGCAGCCCGCGGCUGAAAGGGACAGCAGCGACGUGGGACGGACUACUAUCAACCAGCCGCAAACUGGACCAAAAGUAGUGGGAGGAAAACAGGAAGCAAACCUUGGCUUGAAGCCGUGUGAUGGGCACUGUCUCUGUUACCACAGACUGGAGGACAAGAUUGACAGGCUCCUCAAAGAGCAGGAGAUACUGAUGUCAUCCUUGGAAGCACAAGAGAAAAAGACCAACCUUGUGCAUUAGUAUGUGUUCAUCUACUGUACAUAACUAACAUUCAGUUUAGCUGAGCAGCCCCGUCGCUGUUUAGUAUCUCCUCUGGAUGAGGCAAUCUUCUCCACCUUUUUCUAUACUUGGUGGUCACACCGUCCUGGCUUAUGAUUAAGUCUCUCAUUAUGAGUGUCACAGAACACUCAUUGCUCCUUGACCCAAUGCACCUCUUACUAUCCCUCACAAAACACGCUCAUAAAAUACUGUCAAACUUAUACUCCACAUUGUAUGUGCAGCAAAGUAUCAACUUCAGUCUAAUUGGAAGCUGUCUAAUUCAAAACAAGAAGUGGUGAAUCAGAUUUUAGUUUGUGUCCCAAAUGGAAGGUUUCACUGGGCAUCAUCCACUAUGGGGUAACCAUUGCCUGGUUCCUACUGAUUGGACACAGACCCCUCUUCUCUCUCAGCUCACUCUAGCUUGCUAUGUGUGUGUGUCCAUGGAUCUGAGCAUUUAAUCAUCGCACCAGAGAGAGAAUCUGGUAAGUGGCUUAUCGUGAUCACUGGGCCUGCAUAUGUCUGACGUACUGUAUUACAUAAACUGCACUUGUUUUGGGCAGACUAUAGCUUAUUACAUGCUGAUUAUGUAUCCUACAUGGGCUUGCGGCAAUCGCUCUAAAAUCAAACAUUUGGAAACCCUCCUCCUGAAAUCCUGCAUUUGCCUCUGGACACCCUUAAAAGCAGUGCGAUCCCCUAACACUGCUACCAAAAAAGCAAUGCUACUUAACACCAGGUGCUGGCCUUUUGCUCAUGCGUGACCUGAGUUCACGCUUGCAUAAGCCGCAAGGCUUUCAGUGCAGAGGCAGUGGAUUUUGCCAACCCCGGACCUCCUUCCCAUAUGAAGGAGCAGGGGUCUGGUAAACAACACAAUCCGAAGAUGGCACUGAUUCACGCAAACAAACUCCAAAAACUUUACGUUUUCUGACUUUGCAGAGUACUAGGCAGCCCCCCUAAUAAUGAAUGGGCCCAUUACUUAAAACAUGCAAAAACUAGCGUUUCCACAUGUGUAAUGGGUCCAUUAGUGAUCAUGAUUAGACCCCUGAAUUAAAAAAAAAAAAAUUAAGUAAACGCUUGCAAAGAUUUUCAGAUAGAAUGUACGUAUUAAGUAUUGUAGGUCAGCAAUUUUACUUUUUAUUUUUCAUAUAUGCUAUUUAGUAUGUUAUAUUCAACAACCUUUUAGUAUAUUGUAUUUUUUAUUAUUAUUUUAUUGCUGGGUUGUGGAAAACUUUAAAUGUAUUCCUAGACAUACAACAGACACACUUGUGAUUAAUAGACAGGUAUGCCAGUUGUUGAGAAAAGGUAUAAAUAACUUUACUACCUCACAUUCCCAUUGUACAUCUGGUGAAACCGGUAUUGUGACUGGAGAACAACAUACAUGUUAUUUUUCUUAAGAGUCUGAUGUAAAAACAAGAUCCAAAGUUGCAUCUGGCAGAAGGCUUCAUCCUCUACAGGAUUUUCACAUCACUAUUGGAUGUUUUCUUUUCUUUUUGCUCUUAGUAGAUUGGAUGUAUAUUAUUGGUCCAAGGCUGUAUACACUUAUGUAACUUUUUUUAUAUAUUAAACUUAUUUUAUAGCAUC